AUGGACGCGACGCGCGAAAUGGGCGGCGGCUCGGGCAGCAGCACCCCGAAUACUGGUGCUAGCACACCAGCGCUCAAUACGGACAGUAUCCAGACACAGCUCACCACGCUCGGGUUCCGACCAGCGCACAUCGCCUCGUGUCUGUCGGCACUGACGGCGGCGAAUGAGCGCUUACAUACGAGUGGUGCGGCGAACAAUGACCCCCUCGUGCUGAGUCUGAGCAUCCUGUCCCCGCUCGAGGCGGCGAUCGAGUGGCUCCUCCUGCAUCUGCCCGAGGACGACUUGCCCGUGCGUUACCGCCCGACGUCAAGUUCCCAGGACAUGGUGACGGGCGCAGCGAAGGGCGGGCAGAACCAGCUCGUCCGCGGCUGGCUCGUCGACAAGCUCGUUCGCAAGGCUGGUUUUCCCCGCGCUGCUGUCGAAGCGGCAGUGGCCGUCGAGGAGCGCGAGUCACUCGCACUGGAAUACCUUGGUCGGCGACUUUGUGGCUGGGACGAGGACGCGGGCUGGGGUCUCGAGACGCUCACGCCUGCCGACCCGGACGAGGAGCGGGACAUUCUCCGGGACGAGGAGGUGCUUGCGCUCGAGGCGCUGCUGGGCGAGCGGUUCCGCGAAGAAGCAGGGAAAGAGGGCGCGCGCGAGCUCGCAAUCAGUGUGGCGAGUGCGCCGGACGAUCUGACGCUGCACGUCGUCUUUGACUCGGCGUCGCCAUACCCCUCGGCACAGUACCCGACCCGCCCGCCCGCCUUCUAUCUCACCUCGAAUACUUUGCCGGCCUACAUGCGCCUGGCGCUGCAUGCCGACAUGCUCCGGCAGUUCCGCGGCGACCGGCACGAUCUGGUCGGCAUGCUCGAGGCGGGCUCGGGCGGCGUCGUGCUCUCCAUGGUGGAGCAUCUCGAGACCUCGCUGCCCGACGUGGUCGCGAAUCCCCCCAACGUGGCGGACGUCACGAAGCAUCUGGUCCCGAGGCCCGACGACGAUGAGCCCGAGGAAAAGCGUACUGCGCCACAGAAGGAGAAGAAGACGCGCGGAAAGCGCAAGCACCGCGCAGCCACGGCGGAGCAGCACGAGGCCGCGCGCCAGCAGCAGAAACGCAUGAUGGCCGAUCCGGCGUAUGAGGAGAUGAUGCGCGUCCGCCGCUCCCUGCCGGCAUGGAAGGAGCGGGAGAACAUCUGCACCGCUUUAGAGAGCAACCGCGUCCUCGUCGUGGUCGGCGAGACGGGAUGUGGAAAGAGUACCCAGCUGCCACAGUUCCUGCUCGACCACGAGAUCGAGGCGGGCCGCGGCGCCGACACAAACAUCAUCGUGACGCAGCCGCGCCGCGUGGCUGCCAUGGGCGUCGCCGCGCGUGUGGCGCAGGAAAGGCUCGAGGACGUGGACAAGACGCCGGGGACCGUGGGCUACGCGAUCCGCGGCGAGCGGCGCGCGUCCCCCGACACACGCGUUCUGUUCUGUACGACGGGUGUGGUGCUGCGCCGCCUGGCGACGGCGGACGCGGACUUGGCGGGCGUCUCGCACGUGGUCGUGGACGAAGCCCACGAGCGCGGCGUCGACACGGACCUCUUGAUCUGUCUGCUGCGCGACCUUCUCGCACGCAACAGCACGAUCAAGGUCGUGCUCAUGUCCGCCACGAUCAACGAGCAGAUCUUCAUCGACUAUUUUGGUGGAUGCCCCAGUCUCACCAUCCCCGGCUUCACGCACCCGGUCACGGACCAUUAUCUCGAGGAUCUCGUCCCGGAGAUCAAGUAUCGUCCCACUGCAUCUCGUUUCGGGCCCAAGCUCAGCGAGGACCAGAAAGCGGCCAUGCGGCGGGAUUACGAGAAACUCGGCCUCGAGCACGAGGACAUGCGCGCGCUCGAGAUCCUGUCCCAGAACGACCGCAUCGACUAUGGUCUCGUCGCUGCGACUGUCAAGCAUAUCGUCGAUACGUCGACCAGCGGCGCCGUGCUCAUCUUCAUGCCUGGUGUGAUGGAGAUAAGGGCUUGCGUGGCGGAACUGAACAGCGCCGGGCUCGGCGCGGUGGAUAUCUUGCCUCUGCACGCGAACCUGAGCAGCGCGGAGCAGCGCCGCGUCUUCGCCCCGACCAAGGGGCGGAAGAUCGUCGUCGCCACCAACGUCGCCGAGACAUCCGUCACGAUCCCGGACGUGGUGUACGUCGUGGACACGGGCCGCGUCAAGGAGACGCAGUACGACGCCAGUGUCGGUCUGCAGCGGCUCGUGGAGUGCUGGACCUCGCGCGCCUCGGGACGGCAGCGCCGUGGUCGAGCCGGCCGCACGCAGCCAGGCCAGUGCUACAAACUGUACACGCGGCGCACAGAGUCCAACUCGAUGGCUCGCUUCCCCGUCCCCGAGAUUCUGCGCACGCCUUUGGAGUCGCUCUUCCUCCAAGUGAAAGCCAUGGACGAGGACACGGACGUGAAGGCGUUCCUCAGUCGCGCCUUGGAUCCGCCCAAAAUCGACGCGAUCGAUGCCGCAUGGACGACAUUGCUUGAUCUCGGCGCAGUCGAGAGCGAGAAACACUCGGCCCACCUCACCGCUCUGGGCAGGCACAUGAGCAUGCUCCCCGUCGACGUGCGGUUGGCCAAGAUGCUGGUGCUGGCGACCAUUUUCCGCUGUCUCGACCCGAUUCUGACUGUUGCGGCACUCCUCUCUUCCAAGCCGCUCUUCACCUCCCCGCUCGAUCGGCGGGAGGAGGCGAGAAAGGCGCGCGAGUCGUUCGCCCGCGCCCGCUCCGACCUGCUCACUGAUGCCCGCGCGUAUGCGGCCGUGGCGGGGCUGAAGCGCAGCGAGGCGCGGUCCUUCUGCGAGACGAACUUUAUCUCGCAGAGUGCGGUGCGCGACAUCAGCUCGCUCCGGGGCGACUUUGUGUCGGCGCUAGCGCAGAUCGGGUUCAUCGGUUCCCGCGCCUCAGACAUAGACGCAGCGUCCGUAAAUGCGGGUAACGACGCGCUCGUGAAGGCCAUCCUAGUGGGCGGCCUGUAUCCGCGCGUCGCGCGCAUUGCGUUGCCCGAAGCCCAAUUCGAGCGCCUGCAACAGGGCGCGAUCCAGAAAGAACACGAAGCGCGCGAGGUCAAAUUCUUCGAUGCGCAGGGACGCGUGUUCCUCCACCCCUCCAGUGUGCUGUUCAACGAGUCGGGCUGGCGUAAAGGGUAUCUGGCCUAUUUCGCGAAAGCGGAGACGUCCAAGGUGUUCCUGCGCGACGCGACGGAUGUGCCCCUGUACGCGCUGCUGCUGUUCGGCGGACCCGUGACUGUGAACCAUUGGGCCGGCGGACUCAUGCUGGGUAAAGAUGGGGCUGUGAAACUGAGGGCGAACACGAGGAUUGGUGUUCUGUGUGCGCAACUGAGAAGGUUGUUGGAUGCGCAGCUCGCGGAGGCUGUGGACAGCCCGCAUGGCGCGGCAGACGUCAAGGAGGACGUGGUCGGGGCUAUGAUGGCGUUGUUGGCGAGGGAUGGGUUGUCUGCGUGA